UCUCUUCGUCAGCCGGCGGGCGCGGCUGCGCUCUGCGAUUGGCGGAGAGGCGCAUCACUCCGCCGCGGCGAGGACCGUACUUCCGCCUCGGUGUCAGCGGUGCUGGGGUGGGAGGGUGUUGUGGCGGGGCCGUCGCGGGAGCGCGGUGUCAGAGCUCCUGAAAGGGAGACAAGCAAGAUGGGGAAAAUAGCAGGAAAAAGGCUUUUUUUUUUUAAAUAACAUGCCACCAGAACUUCUGCAUGGUAACAAAGAUCUUCUACAGCAGCUGGGUAUUUGCAAAAGAAGACUUGGACAGCACACAGAUACUUCAUCUCUAAAUCAAGUCCAACGAUGCAUUAGAGGAAGCUGGAGUGGCUGCACAGCGAUUUCACACUGAAGGAUGAAUAGUGAAGAAGAGUUUUAUGAUGCCGUUACGGGCUUUGAUUCUGACAAUUCUUCAGGAGACUUUUCAGAAGCAAAUCAUAAAGUUGCAGAAAUGCUUGAUCUAGAUCCACACCAAAGCGAUAGGACUGGGAAGCAUAACGGAGAGACAGAGAUCCAAGAAAAUGGAAUUAAGAGACACAGGACGUCGUUACCUGCCCCAAUGUUUUCUAGGAAUGAUUUUAGUGUGUGGAGCAUACUAAAAAAAUGCAUUGGACUGGAGCUAUCUAAAAUUACAAUGCCCAUUGUUUUCAACGAGCCAUUGAGUUUCCUUCAACGGAUAACAGAAUAUAUGGAACAUAUAUACCUCAUAAAUAAGGCUUGUAGUCAUGCAGACCCCCUGGAAAGAAUGCAGGCUGUAGCUGCCUUUGCAGUUUCUGCUGUAGCUUCUCAGUGGGAGAGAACUGGCAAACCAUUCAACCCACUCUUAGGAGAAACCUAUGAAUUAACCAGGGAGGAUUUAGGGUUUAGGUUUAUAUCUGAACAAGUCAGCCACCACCCACCUAUUAGUGCGUUUUAUUCUGAAGGCCUCAAUAAGGAUUUCAUUUUUCAUGGAUCAAUCUAUCCCAAACUAAAAUUCUGGGGAAAGAGUAUAGAAGCAGAGCCCCGGGGAACAAUUACUUUGGAGCUUCUGAAACAUAAUGAAGCUUACACAUGGACGAACCCAACCUGUUGUGUACAUAAUGUAAUUAUUGGUAAACUGUGGUUAGAACAGUACGGAACAGUAGAGAUUGUGAAUCACAGCACUGGAGAUAAAUGUGUCCUUAAUUUUAAACCAUGUGGACUGUUUGGGAAAGAGCUUCACAGAGUAGAGGGACACAUUCAGGACAAAAACAGAAAGAAGCUGUGUGUGAUCUAUGGCAAGUGGACAGAAUGCUUGUGGUGCACUGACCCCACUACGUAUGAGACAUACAAAAAGAAUGAGAAGAGAGGUGGUGAGCAGAAGAAACCAAAGCCGAGUGAAGAUGUUAUUAAAUCUGAAAAUGAUGAGGCUGAUGAUAUGCCAGAGGUUCAAGACACGGUGCAGUUCAUACCAGGCAGUAAAUUACUUUGGAGAAUAAACUGUAGGCCACCAAACUCCUCGCAGAUGUACAAUUUCACCAGUUUUGCAGUGAGCCUCAAUGAGCUGGAGAAGGGCAUGGAAGCGAUCUUGGCUCCCACUGACUGCCGGCUCCGUCCAGACAUCAGAAACAUGGAAAACGGGAACAUGGAUGUGGCUAGCAAAGAAAAGGAGAGACUAGAGGAGAAACAGCGAGCUGCUCGCAAGGAGCGUGCGAAGGAUGAGGUGGAGUGGCACACACGAUGGUUUCAUCAAGGCACUAACCCCUACACCGGGACUUCAGACUGGCUGUACUCAGGUGGCUAUUUUGAUAGGAAUUUCUCAGACUGCCCAGACAUAUACUGAAAUUACAGAACCAAUCGCUCAUCUCAUCUGGACAUCCAGCUCCUAGAUUUCGUUCCAAGCCAGUCACUGGUUUUGUUGAUAGCAAAAACCAGCUUUUCUAAGUCAAUUUUAACACAGUCUAUGGGUCAACAAUCAAGGAUUUCAUUAGCACUAAUGUUGGAUUGCCAAAUAUUGAGAUACUGUUGCAUUCUGUCCAUAAAGCUGCACCUGAAAUCAUCAUAUUUUCACUAAUUUUCAAAGGCACCUUUUGGUUCUUCAUUUCCCCCCCUAGUUUCUUUGUCAGGAAGAUUCGCUGUACCCAGUAGAGCACAUAACAUCCUUGAGAACUACGUAACUUAAAUAAAAUAGAGAUAAUAUCCUUGUUACUUAGUACAAUAGUGAAGAAUCGGAAGGUUUUUGGAACUCGGAGCAGGGAUGAAAAGCAUGGUACCAGCAGGAUCAAAUCUAGUGCUGUGGAUGCUCCCUGUGAAGAGAUGCAUGUGAGCUCCCAUAUGGUAUGUAGCACUACGGGGGGACCAGCGCCUGGCCCCUCGGUAUGAUUCAAUAAUGGAUUGACUCGGGGAAACGAAACCCAACCUGAGCUUCCCAACGUGUAGUUGUCUGUUACAGAGUCUUCACAACUUUGGGACACUGUGAGCAUUAAACUGUAUACCUGUGAUAAACCUACAUAAAGCAUACGUUAAAGAGCAGGGAAGGGUGCAUUAAAAACUGUGCUUUUUCUGAAGUCAAAUGCUGUUCUAAAACUACCAGAAGCUUUGGAAGCAAUUGCAGGAAUGUCGAGGUGGUUACAGUGUAAAAUAUAUUGCUUGCUACCACUUGGAGGCUUAAAUCUUCUGCACUACCUUUGGCAGCUUUGGCGCUAUGUAUGCUUCUAGGCUAAACUCUUUGGAAGCACUUUGGUGUCUGUAGCCACACAGGUUCAUAUUCUGGGGACGUUUUGGUUUGCAUGUUGUUCAUUAUUAGGUCAUGUCUGGUUUGUAUGUUGUGAAAAAGCAGAAAUCAAGCUUUGGCAGAGUUCUACCUAUUACAAGUUUUCUGUGAGCACGUGAUGUCAAUAAGUCAGGUUUCUUUUGUUCCAUGUCAAACCAUCAAAGCCAUAUAACCCUAGAAAGGAUGACUGGAUUGACGUAUUCAUUGUCGUUCAAGUGAGAACACUUGGGGAGGGGCGAGGGGGGAGAGAGGCUGGAAAAAGGAAGUCCAGUCAUUAAAGCUAAUCCUGAUGUUGCUGCUGCUUUUA